CAAGCUGCAGCUCAGGCCUGCUGCGUUGCUCCAUUCCAUCCAGGAUUCCAGGCCUCCAGCGCUUCGCUAGGCUGCAGCUGCUACCCACGCCAAACCCCAACCGCGACCACACCUCGCCGGCUCGCCCAACCACCGGUCUGCCCGCGUGCCUCCGACGCGACGAGAUGACGUCGCCCCCCUCCUCGCCGCCGUCGUGGGUCAUCCUGGGCAGCGUCGCGCGCGUCUGCGCCGCGGACGCCGACCUGCCGCCGGGCGCCGACCUCUCCCUCGCGCUGGCCCCGCCCCCGCGCGUCUCGCACCUCACCAUCCCGCCGCGCUUCUUCCCGGACGCCCCCACCGCCCGCGACUUCCCCGUCGUCCUCGCCGCCGACCCCUCCGGCCUCCUCCUCCUCCACGCCAACCAGGGCCGCGCCACGGGGCCCCUGGUCAUCGACCGCCCCGGCCUCCGCCAGUUCGGCUUGCACGAGUUCGUCGGCGGCUACUUCGUCCUCGACGCCGCCUCCGCCUCCGCGUUCGCCAUCCCCGAGCCCGAGCUCAUCUCAGAGCGGGCCUUCCUGGGCCUCCUCCUCCACCCCGGCGGCGGCCGCCGCUACGCGGUCGCCGAGCUCCAGCCUAUCGUCGGCCGCGACCACGCCUACCUCUUCUGCUUCUCCUCCGACGUCGGCGAGUGGGUUCAGAAGGUGAUCCCGAGGACGCUCCCGCACCGGCUGUGGGUCCCCGCCGCCGUGCUCGCGCACCACGGAAGGCUCUGGUGGGCCGACCUCUCCUUCGGGUUCAUCACCUGCGAUCCCUUCGCCGACGCGCCGGUCCUGGCGUUCGUCCCGCUCCCUCCGGGCAAGGCGCUCCGCCACAGGGAGGCUGCGGGAGUGCUCGACAGGUACCGUGUCGUGGGGCUUAGCGCCGGCAAGCUGCGCUUCGUCGACAUGUACAGGAACCGUGAUCGCCGCGGCGCUCUCCAGGUCAGCGUGUGGACGCUGCCUGAUCCCGAGGCCACGGAAUGGGCGCUCGAGCACGAGGCCAGCUUCCCCGACAUCUGGGCCGAUCGGAGCUACAAGGCCGCGGGUCUGCCUAUGAAGAUCCCCGUGCUCGCGCUCAUCCACCCCAAGGACCCCGCCAUCGUCUACUUCUUCCUCGAGGAGCACCUCUUCGGCGUCGACUUGCACGCCCGCAGCGUCGUCGAGUGCGAGGUGUACGAGAUGGUCGCGCCUGACAGGGACCUCGUGGCCACCCGCUUCGUUCACGCCUGGGAGCUGCCGCGCGCUCUCUCCUCUUGCUCUGAACCUAAGGACCAGGACGAAGAGAAGCUUUCACCAACAUCACCACCACCCGAUAUGAAGACCAAGGAGUAGGAAGUAGGAACCAUGUCUAUCUUUUACCCAGGCAACGAAGAGGACUGUUACAUAUGGCACGUACAGGAUGUGACGUUGACGGCCAGUUUGCAAUGACGGGGGUCAUUGUUAGAUCAAAAUUUUCGGCUCUUUUUUUUUGCCUUUUUCUCGCAGAUGAAAUUUGACAGUUUAUCCUUUUUUUCCCCUCUUUGACUCUACUUGCUAGUACGUACAUGAGCGCUUCAUGUCAUGAUACUGUGGUAAAGCUAUUUUUCAGGCGCCUUCAUGCAAGAGCUCU